UGGCGGCGGUGGCGGCGGCACCGGCAGGGCGGGAGCGCAGGUCUGGCCGCGCGGCGACCGUUGGGCUCGGUGUUCCCGGGGCUCGGCUCCCAUGGCUGCGGCCAGCGUGACCCCUCCCGGCACCCUGGACGCGCUGCAGUUCGGCUUCUCGAGGACCGUGCUGGGCACCAAGCUGGAGGACAAGUACCUGUGCUCCGCCUGCAAGAACGUCCUGCGCAGGCCCUUCCAGGCGCAGUGCGGCCACCGCUACUGCUCCUUCUGCCUGAGCAGCAUCCUCAGCUCCGGGCCCCAGAACUGCGCCGCCUGCGUGCAGGAGGGCAUAUACGAAGAGGGCGUCUCGAUUCUGGAGAGCAGCUCGGCUUUCCCGGACAAUGCUGCCCGCAGGGAGGUGGAGAGCCUGCCGGCCGUCUGCCCCAGCGAGGGCUGCACCUGGAAGGGGACCCUCAAAGAGUACGAGAGCUGCCACGAAGGACACUGCCCCUUCCUGCUGACCGAGUGCCCGGCGUGCAGGAGCCUGGUGCGCCUCGGCGAGAAGGAGCGGCACGCGGAGCAGGAGUGCCCGCAGCGGAGCCUCAGCUGCCGGCACUGCAGGGCCCCCUGCUGCGGCGCCGACGUGGAGGCGCACCACGAGGUCUGCCCCAAGUUCCCCCUGACGUGUGACGUCUGCGGCAAGAAGAAGAUCCCACGCGAGAAGUUUCAGGACCACGUCCGGGCGUGCGGCGAGUGCCGGGCGCCCUGCCGGUUCCGGGACAUCGGCUGCCCCGCAGUGGUGGAGGGCGAGAAGCAGCGGGAGCACGAGGGCCAGUGGCUCCGCGAGCACCUGGCCAUGCUGCUGCGCGUCGUGGAGGCCGGGCCCCCGUCCCAGAGCCAGGGGGGCGGCCGGGAGGCCGGCGUGCCGGGCCCGGGGCUCCCUGCGGCCGCGGAGCUGCUGCGCAGGUGCGAGGCCCUGGAGCGGAAGACGGCCACCUUCGAGAACAUCGUCUGCGUCUUGAACCGGGAGGUGGAGCGGGUGGCCAUGACGGCCGAGGCCUGCGGCCGGCAGCACCGGCUGGACCAGGACCGGAUCGAAGCCCUGAGCAACAAGGUGCAGCAGCUGGAGCGCAGCAUCGGCCUGAAGGACCUGGCGGUGGCGGACCUGGAGCAGAAGGUCCGCGAGAUGGAGGCGUCCACCUUCGACGGCGUGUUCGUCUGGAAGAUCUCCGACUUCGCCCGGAAGCGCCAGGAGGCCGUGGCCGGCCGAGUGCCCGCCAUCUUCUCCCCAGCCUUCUACACCAGCAGGUACGGCUACAAGAUGUGUCUGCGCUUGUACCUGAACGGGGACGGCACGGGGCGGGGCACCCACCUGUCGCUCUUCUUCGUGGUGAUGAGGGGCCCCAACGACGCCCUCCUGCGCUGGCCCUUCAACCAGAAGGUGACCCUGAUGCUGCUCGACCAGGACAACCGGGAGCACGUGAUCGACGCCUUCAAGCCCGACGUGACCUCCUCCUCCUUCCAGAGGCCCGUCGGCGACAUGAACAUCGCCAGCGGCUGCCCCCUCUUCUGCCCCGUCUCCAAGAUGGAGGCCAAGAACUCCUACGUGCGCGAUGACGCCGUCUUCAUCAAGGCCAUCGUGGACCUGACGGGGCUCUAGCCGCCUCUGCCGGGGCCAGGCAGCCUGGCCAGUGGCCCGGUGAGGAGCUGCCACGGUGGGCAGGAGCCGCCUCCGGGCAGGGUGCCCGGCCCAGGUUGGGCUGGGCCGCGGGCGGGAGAGCCCCCCGCCGGCCGUCCUGAGGGCCCUGGGAGCGCUCUGCGGCAGGGACGGCUGGGCGGGGCGAGCGGAGGGCCGGUGGGCCCCAGACGGAGGACCCCUGUGCCUGGUCCCGCCCUUGAACCCUGGGGAACAGGGACGGUCUCGGGCCUGGCGUGGCUCCGAGGGGGCCGCACUGCAGCCCGGCCCAGCCGGCGAGCAGCGAGGUGGCCCGAGUCCUCGGAGCGCCCGUGGCGCGUGGGUGCACGGUCGGGCCUGAGAGACGGGCGGGGUCUCAGCGGGGCCUCAUUAAACCGUGGACCCGCUGUGGCGGUGGUGUCCGUCGCCUCCAGCCUGGGUCGUGGGGGCACACAGCGGCUCCCCGCUGACCUCCACGGCCCCUGCCUGCGCCUCCAGCUCUCGGGCAGCCCUGCGUGUCCCCGACGCCCCCGCCCUCGGCUUCCCAGAGGGCUGCGUGGGAGCAGCACACGGCCUCCUGGUCUGGGCCUGCCCCACCCUCCGUGCGGGGACCCCAGCUCUGGGGGAGCGGCCCCCGGCGUGGCCGGCGUUCAGGCAUCUCACCGCGGCAUUGCCCCCCGGCCCUGCUUCCCCGCACGGAGGAGUUGGACGGAGCACGGGAUUCCCUGUCCCUGCCGGCUGGUUCGGCACCGGCCUCGGGCGGAGCUUGGUGGGCCUGGGUGGGGGCCUCCGCCGGCGGGGCGAAGACAGGCGGCCGUCCGUCUGGGUUCCCAGGACUGCGGCCCGAGGCCGGCUGGGGCUGCCCAGGCGCGUGGGCGAGAGCCCCGCCGGCACCGCCCGCACACCCGCCCGCCUGUCCCGAGAAAUGGACGGAACGCACAGAGAAGGACGAGAUGAGCACGCUUGCCCACGUCCUGGCGGCCACAUGGGGCAGAGCGGCCACGCCUGCGGCUCGCCGGUCGGCUGGGUCGGCGUUCCCCUCCCGUGCCCUGUCCACCGAGGAGCCGGGUGCAUCUGGGAGCUGCGGCGGGACUUGGACAGAGCUGCCAGCGGGCGCCCUCGCCUCCCAGACCCUGUGUGUCCGUCUGCCAGCCGGAGAGCGUCCCUGGGUUCCCGGGUGCUGGCCCGUGGUGGCGCCGCGGGACCGCGUGGCGGCGGCGGUGCACAGAGGGUGCACGUGUGGACACGAGUGUGGGACGGUCCCUCCCUGAGGGCAGUGCCGCGGACCGGUCCCUCGAAAGCCCUCGCCGUCCCUGGGGCUGAACACCCUGGUGUGUCCUGCCGGCGGGGAGCGCGGCUGUCAACACUGGGUUCGGCACUGGGCUUGCA